CUUAUAACAAAUUAUUAAUUAAAUUAAAAAUUUCGAAAAAUUUUUCCUCACUUUUAGAACAAUGGUUAUAUCAUUUCUUAUUUUUUACUAAUCCAUUAUUUGAUUCCCCUCAUUUAUCUUGUUCUCCUUCUGAAUUUUGGUCAAAAAGAUGGCAUUUACUUUAUCGUAAUUGUUUUGUUGAAUUAGGUUAUUUACCUUGUAAAAAAUUCAUGAAUAAUUAUUAUCCUUCUUUUUUACCUCAUAAAAAAGUUUUAUCUCAUAUUUUUGGAACUUUUGCUGGUUUUUUAUGGAGUUGCAUAUUUCAUGAAUAUGUUAUACAUUCAUUAUUUGGUUUAGCUAAUGGUGAACAUUUUACUUUCUUUUUAUUUCAUGGUAUUAUAGCUAUCUUUUGGGAAAUUAUUGUAACCCUCUCAUUUAGAAAGAAUGAUAAUACAGCGUUCGAUCAGAAAAGAUAUUAUUAUACAAAGAAAGUUAUUGGCUUCGUUUUAUGGAAUUCUAUCUUAAUAUUAUCUGCUCCUUGGUUCGCCGAACCUUAUAUUAGAGCUAAACAUUAUUAUUGUUAUCCUCAUUUCGGUUGUGAUAAAGGUUAUAAAGGUUAUUAAUAUAGGUAAACGAGUUAUCUUGGAGAUCUUAAUUACCUAAAAAAGAAGCAUGUGGGAGGAAUAAUGAUUUAGAAAUUAGAUUAUUUUGAUUUGAUUUAAAAAAAAUAAAUAAAUAAAU